GUAAAAUGGCGGCACAAGAAGUAUCUGCAGUCCUUGGUGAAAAAAAGCGAGUUAAAGUCUUUGUUAACCAUGUUGACACAUAUACGAGCAAAAAUAUAAGUAAGGUGCUUGCAAAGUCGGUGGUUGGCGCAACAGCUGAGGAAGARCCAGGAGAUGAAGAAUCAGUUACUAGCAAUGCUCCUCAGAUUCCUACAGAUGAUUGUUAUCAGAUAGUAGGAACUCUACAAGACUCGACCAAAACAAAACCUGACUGGGUAGAUGAAGUCUUUGAGUACAAAAGCAAAGAAGAUUUGUUGCCAUACCUCCUUCAAUGUGACAUAGUGUUGUAUGAUAUCAAUGGACAUCCUGAUCAGGUUGAUGAAGCAGCUUGGGCAGUUUCAGCACUUCAUGCAGAGCUGGAGAAUUUUAAAGACACCAAACUUUUCAUUUGUGUCUCAACUGUUAUGACCUGGGCACGUAGUAAACCUCUUGAUCCAGAUGACCCAGAAAUUCCAUUUACAGAAGAUGAUUAUAGACGUCGUCGUGCUCAUCCAAAUUUCAAAUCCCAUAUCAGCACAGAGAAACUUAUCAUCAAGUAUGGCAAGACUAACAAAUCUAAGUUUAUAACUUAUGUAAUUGCACCAGGCUUGACAUAUGGUGCRGAGGAGGAUAUUUUCCAUUUCCUGUUUAAGACAGCAUGGCAUGGCUCUUCUWCUGCUUUACAAUGUUUUGGCCCAGGUGAUAAUAUUAUACCUACAAUACAUAUCACUGAUCUGGCUGGUGUUGUAGUGAAUAUCUGUGAUCAGCGCCCAAAGGUCCGGUAUAUGGUUGCUGUUGAUGAUUCCAAGAACACACUUGAAGAGAUUGUUAAGGCAAUCAGUAUGUAUUUGGGAACAGGAAAAAUUAAGAAAAUCAGCAAGGAAGAGGCUCUUCUUAUAAAGGAACUUGAGCAAGCUGACUUUGAUAUGCUGUUGGUGAACAUUCGCAUGGAGGCUACAUUCAUCAAGGAAGGAAUGGCAAUAAGCUGGGUGGCAGAGACUGGGCUUGUAGAAAAUAUUGAAAAUGUUAUCAAAGAAUAUAAAGAGUCUCGAGGACUUCUGCCAAUCAGAGCAUGUAUCGUUGGACCUCCAGCUUCAGGGAAAACUCUUGUUGUUAAGCAACUCUGUAACUACUACAAACUUCAUCACAUAAGAAUCCAAACUGUCAUUGAUGAAGCAAUUGAAAAACUACAACAAAGUGCAGCACGAGCAGACCAAGAAGGSGAUGAUGAGGAUGAUAUCAAAGCACAGGAAGACCAAGAACUACUGGAAGCACUUAUUGAAAGCAAAGAGCAAAACAAUGGGCGCUAUGARGACCAGUAUGUUAUUCGCUUUUACCGUGAAAGGCUUCAUUCAAUGCCGUGUCAGAAUCAGGGUUUCAUACUUGAUGGUUAUCCUAAARCAUAUGAACAAGCAAAGGAGCUGUUUGCAGCUGAUGAAGAGGAGGCAGAUGAAGAGGAGUCACCUCUAAGCUAUGACAAAGUUACAAUGCCAGAGGUUAUCAUAUCACUUGACGCAACUGAUGAAUUCUUAAAGUCAAGAGUGAUGAAUCUACCAGAAAGUGUAGUUGCUGGUACACACAACACUGAAGAAGGUCUGAUGAGACGCUUGGCCGAAUAUCGGACUUUAAACACGGAGGAUGAAACAGUUUUGAACUAUUUUGAUGAACUUGAAUUCCAUCCUGAACACAUAGAUAUAUCAUCAGAUACAAGCGCUAAAAUGAUUCAUACAGUAGAAGCAAUCAAAAAACUGAUGGGAGAACCGCGUAACUAUGGCCCUACACCAGAGGAAAUCGCAGAAAUGGAAAGAAUUGAAACAGAAAAAAGAUUGGAAAAAGAAAAGAAAGAAAGGGAAAAACGGGAACGAUUAGAAGCAGAAGAGGCGGCCAUAAGAGCSCAAAGGGAGGAGGAAUGGCGCGUAAGGCUUGCAGAAGUCAAGAAGCAAGAGCAAGACCUCCUUGAAAACCAGUCCAUCCCCCUGAGAAACUACCUGAUGAAACACGUGAUGCCUACCYUGUCACAAAGCCUGGUGGAAUGCUGUAAGAUACGGCCUGACGAUCCCAUUGACUUUGUGGCGGAGUACUUGUUCCAGAAUAAUCCUCAAAUCGACUAAUCAUUUGCAGUUACUUGUAUAUGUGUAUAUAGUACAAUAUUUUCCUUAAGCAACUUGGCUAGGAUAAUUGCGGUUAUGUAAUUUUUUAUUCAAUAAAAUUAAUAAGACGUUU